AUUUUCAGUAGAAUAAACUCCAAAGAGGCCUGAGAGAUUUUUCGUGUGCCGUGGAUCUUUUUUUUUUUUUUUUUUCAUGCUUAAAUAGUCGGUAUUCGGCAGCCUAUAGGCUAUCCAACAUGUCUUUUGACGUCACACGUCAACUUUUGAGAUAUAUACGCGCGCACUGCGGUUUUUAAGUUUCUAUCUUUCUGCACAUCGGACCGAGAAGUAGGAGGGCUGUCAGGGUGGACAACAAGAAAUAAAAUCGUAUUUUAUAGGUCAGGUCUUUUGGGAAUAUGCCUUCGGCGUGCCACGUGCGUAAUGACGAGUAUGCCUCUAAAUAGAAAAAUUAAGGCGUUGAGGCUUUAUGAAGGAAAGAGAGCAUGUCAGAGUAGUUUAGCCUGAGGAGGGGCUGUGGAAAGGAAUUACUCAUUUCUCACACCACCACCGGCACAUCCGUGCGCAUCUAUGUCACCACCGGACGGGUCUCCAAGUCCAUGGAUAAAAAGGAACAGAAGGCAGCAGAAUGGUUGUUGUGGGAGCGAGUAACGCAACUUUCGGUGGUGGCAACAUGAGGUCGUCGUUCAUGAUAGAAGAUAGAGCCGGUGGUGGAGAUCCCGGGGGCUCCACCAACAUGAUGAUCUCGGAGGCUCUUGCGCCCCGGCUGCUGAAGAUUGCGCAGGGCGCCGCAGAGGCAGCAGCAGCAGCGGCAGCAACGACUUCUCCAACCACCUCCAGUCAGCCGCAGGUCAUGGAGACGAACGGGACCCGGUGCGGCGAGCAGAUCCUGAGCUACGGCCGGUUUGAGAAAGUCCUGAUCGGCGGGGUGCUCACCAUGCUCACACUGUCCACCAUCUGCGGGAACUUACUGGUGGUCAUCUCCGUGUGCUUCGUCAAAAAGCUGCGCCAGCCGUCCAACUAUCUGAUCGUUUCGCUUGCCGUGGCGGACCUGUCAGUGGCUCUGGCCGUGAUGCCGUUUGUCAGCAUUACGGACUUGAUUGGCGGUCAGUGGAUAUUUGGACAGUUUUUCUGUAACGUUUUUAUCGCCAUGGAUGUGAUGUGCUGCACCGCGUCCAUCAUGACUCUGUGCGUAAUCAGCAUUGACAGGUAUCUGGGUAUCACAAAACCCCUGACGUAUCCUGUCCGGCAAAACGGCUGCUGCAUGGCCAAAAUGAUCUUGUCAGUGUGGCUCCUCUCAGCCUCCAUCACCCUGCCCCCUCUGUUCGGCUGGGCGCAGAACGUCAAUGACGGAAGAGUUUGCCUCAUCAGUCAAGACUUUGGCUACACCGUCUACUCUACAGCUGUGGCGUUCUACAUCCCCAUGUCAGUGAUGCUGAUCAUGUACUACAGGAUCUACCGGGCGGCCAAGCUCAGCGCUGCCAAGCACACCAUCACUGGCUUCCCCAGGGACGGGGAGCAGAGUGCAGGAGCGGCUCCUCGGGGGGGAAGAGGGGGGCAUGAUGCUCACCGGCCAGCAGCAUCAGGAGAAACAGUUAGUGUCGAAGGGACAGAGGCUGAAGAGGAGGAACCUGAGGAAGAGGAGAGCUUGGACUGUGUGGCAGCGGCGUUAAAGCUCCAGCGUGAGGUGGAGGAGGAGUGCAGCACGCGUGUCUCUCGCCUCCUCAAGACCGGUGAACACCACCAACGCCGGCAUAGGAAAAACCAGUCCAUCUUCAAACGGGAGCAGAAGGCUGCAGCCACUCUGGGCAUCGUGGUGGGCGCCUUCUCCUUCUGCUGGCUGCCGUUCUUCUUGGUGUCCACUGCGAGGCCGUUUGUCUGUGGCGUGGAGUGCAGCUGUGUGCCGCUCUGGCUGGAAAGAACUCUGUUGUGGCUGGGAUACGCCAACUCCCUCAUUAAUCCUUUUAUUUAUGCAUUUUUCAAUCGAGAUCUGAGGACCACCUACAGUAACCUCCUGCGGUGCCGCUACAGGAACAUCAAUCGGAAGCUGUCGGCGGCUGGCAUGCACGAGGCUCUGAAACUGGUGGAGAAGCCAGACACUGAUGUGUAAAGCUGUAGGUCUGCCAAUCGACAAUGCUGCAGAGACCAACAGAGACAACUGCCAGGGAGAAUGCCUAGUGGGGUUUAGACUGCGGCACAAGGCCACCACGCUGUCAGAAUGGUUAUUUCCCCAAAUUUGUGAAAUGAUUGCUCAGGUGAGAUGAAGCAGGAUGCUGUGAUUAAAUGGGUGCACAUGAAGGAACACUUUAGAAGCCUAAAUCUUAUUAUCUGGGGAUCGCGGAAAAAAUUGAGGGAACGUUGUGAUGAAUUCAUAUUGUCUGAAUAGUGGCUGCUGCAGUGCACUCACUGCUACUGAACAAUUAUGGCCAGCUACUGUAACGAUGGUUGCUACCUUGGUGCAUUCACAACUGGUUGCUACCCUACUGAACAGUCUUUUGCACAUGACACUGUUACAAAAGUUGGUGGAGCUACACACUGACUUGGCACUAUCACCACCAUGAGUGGAAACUUUUCUACCGCAGCAGCCAGUGUCUUGAAUUUUCAGACUGAGCCAAGGAAAACUAACAAACAAAAAUGGAGGAGUUCUUGGAGAGCAAGCGGCCCAUGAGGCUACAACGCCAAAUGUGUUCACCUUGGUCCCUGGUCAUCACAGUGACACUAUUUUUCACUGCUUCUAAAUGUUGAGUUUCCGUCAAUGGACAAGCAUGAUAGAGGACAAUAAAAGCUCAACUGACAUGUAAAAUUUGUACACAAGUCGUCAGCCGUGUUGUUUCUGGGACAAACCUUAUUUCAGAGGUCCUCUGACGAUCUACCAGACCUGACAUGUGUUUAUAUCUUUUGAAGAAGCUUUUUUGUUAAUACCACAAUUUGCUGAAUGUGCCAAAACUUGCUCCCUUUUCCUCUUCUCAAGUCCUGACCACGACUUCGUUGAAAAACGAUUUAUCAAUCAACAUCGGAUGUUUUAUAACCAGGCUGCUCACUCGAUGAUGUGAGGAACUAGUAGGUGAUAUCACAAGAUGGAAGCCAACACAGUACAGAUGUAAAGAUGUAUAGAGAAAAAUCAUCACUUAGGACUUAUUUGAAUGUGCCUGUGCCUUUUACUCAGUCAUCGUUAAAGGUUGAUUUACAGCACAGAAGAGUCUCUUUUCAAACUAUGCACCUCGUGUUUUAGAUUUGACACAGUGUGUGACAGUCCUGUGAGCACUCCCGAGUUGGUCGUGGCUCAGUGUGAGCCUUGUUGUGUAUUAUGUCACACAAUAGCUUGUGAGCCAGGCGCUAUCCAGACAAAAGCUAAUGGAGGAGUGGAUCAUGGUUAAAACUGAGAUUUCAGGAUGGUCUGCUUUUCUCUUGUAGAUUUUUUUUUUUAUUUCAGUGACACUAUCCCAAUCCAUACCCAUGUCAUACCAAGUCAUUAUCAGUUCAACAGCUGGUUAUUUCUGGUCUAAAGAAUGUCAGAAAAUACACAAUAAAUGCCAAAUGACAAUUUCUCAGACCCCAAGGUGAUGUCGUCAAAUUCCUUGUGUUGUCUAACCAACAGCCCAAAGAUAAUCAAGUUCCAGUGAUAGACGACAGGCUGAACAUCACAUUUGGGGGGCUGUUACCUGCAAAGUGUGGGCAGUAUAUAACUUAAAACCCCUAGAAAAUGCGCUGCGUUCCAAAAGUAUACUUUUUACUUUUAGUAUGUUAGGCCCUUACAUAGUACAUACUGUUGCAUGAAGUAUGCACACAAUCAGGACAUACUGCAUCAUCAUUACAUUGCGCCCUGAACUUUGCCCCUAUUGCUCAUAUAUCCAUUACCUUGAUGAUAAAACAAAACGCCAUUCACCAAGAUCACCAGAGACAGAAUCUGCUUUUACUUCUUUGCAAUGAAUGUGGUUCUAACUUUUAAGUUAUAACUGCACACAUUGUAUAUUUUAUUCACGGCAAAUUACAUCUCUGUCACUGUUACUUUUAUCAUUAUGCCCUUUUGUCACUUUCUUGUUGGUUAACUUUACGAUUAUUUUGUUCACUUAAACAUUCAAUGUUCCGAUUAUCACUAUUCAACUGGUCAUCAGUCACUUCAAGGUGCUGUCGUCCGUCAUUGCGGCUUCAGACAGCUGUUAAUGAGCUGUCAAACUGUCAUCUGUUUGCAGCUCAGUCAAUGUGAUGUAUCGUCAGCAGCGCAGAGGAUUGAGGGUCAGAACAGCCAGAAAAGCAUGCUGGCUUUCAUACUACAAAAUAUGACCAGGUGCAGUAGAACAUCCUGGUAUUUUUGGCACACUGAAUUUGAUGCCUUUUUCUGUCAUACUAAAUAGUAUGAUAGUAUGAGUACUGGUACGCACAAAUAGUCUCAAGUCUUUAUCUAUAUCAUUAAACAUUCAUGAGUUCUUAGCUUUUAUUUAUUAAACUUUUAACAAAAAAAGGAAGAUAUACUGCUUCAUCAGGAUUGUGUGUGAUGUCGCUACACUCCAAUAGAAGCUCAGAAAUAAGUGUCAUCAUCUUUUUCCAACUAAGCCCCGCCCACUUCAAACCAGUAAGUAAAAGAAGGAAAAAACAUGAAGAACAUUUUCCCAUGAAAUAAUAAAAGUGUUUAAACAAUAUUUCAUUGUAGGAUCCCAUCAUACUUAAAACUUUGGGAAGGAACUGACUGAGAAAAUAGGUUUGAAAAAUUAAUUGGCAUGGAUGGAAAACUGAAUGGGCCUACUAGGCACAGGCCCAGGGCCCCAGGAUGUCAAGGGCCUUUACCUGCAAAAUGUUAUUCAAAUCAAAACGUACUGACCAGGAUGACACUCUAAAUGACUACGAAGAAUCACAAGAAGAUGCAAAAGAGCUGCAAAAAGAUAAACAACAACAACAACAGAAGAGGCAAAACCACCCAAAAGUCAGUGUCUUCCUCCUGUGUAAGAGAGGUAGUGCCCAUUGUCUCAUAACCCGCCCAUGUUCAUUAGGUAUUAAAAUAGUUGACAAUCAUUUCUCUUUUGAUCGACCAAUUAAUUAUUUAGCUGAUCUUGUCAGCAUUGUAGCUACAAACUUCAGUUUUUCAUCUUCCAAGGUGUCAAACUUUUAGGAGCAAGCUUGAGAUUCUUCACCUACUCACCUUCUGCUAUUACUGAGUUCUAUGUGAUCACAGAAACUAAUUACAGAGGCGCAGGAUCUAAUGUAGCUGUCUCUUGGGCCAUUAAUCUAGGGUGCGGCAGGGAGUAGAAAUCUGAUUUGGACGUAGGAGGAAAGAGGGCAGAUGAUAGCCGGCGUUUCAUUGGCAUUUCAAAGCCACUCCCUCUGAGAUUAGGAGACUCUCGGCUCAGGGUUUCAUUAUAGUAAAGCACAGGUUUGGCUCUGGGGAAGUGAACUGGAGCAGUGACAGAGUGCAUAUACUGUAUAUGUGCACACCAAAUUUCCAAUUACUUUGAUGUUGAUGCCAUGUCCUGUGUGUAAUAACAGGAAUAAGCUCUUACUGUAUGUUGACUGUAAGUACCCUGAACAUGACAGCUGGGACAUGCUUUGUCCUAUUUCUGCCAUUUUCCCCCUAUUAUUGUGUUUUUUUAAAUGUGUAAAGAGAUAAGUCGCAAAGAGGUGUUACUGCAGAGUUGGAUUUGUCUGACGACUUUUUUUUACUGCCCUGCCAGUAAUAGUACAGACUGUGCUGCUGAGACUUUGUCCUCAUUACCUUGAAUUUGCACUGCGUGCUGAGGAGAUGCAACCGAGGCAAGUUAGUCAAUUUCAUAAAAAUCUCUUUGUACUGAGAACGUGUGAACAUUGUACUUUCCAUCUUCAUUUCCUCUCUAGUCAUUAAUUAAAGGUGCUCUGUGUAAUAUUUAUUUUAAUGCAAAAAUAUGCCCAGCUUCUGAACCUUAAGAGAAGGACUGUAACAGAGGCGCUGUAGAUUCAUCCAGGUUACCAAAAAUUAAAUAAAAAGCAAGUGCGGGAAAUAUUAUACACCUUUCAAGUUAAUAAGAAAGAAUCCAAACUGCCUACUAAACAACAAAAAGUUCAUCCAGAGAAAAAUAGGCAUGACUGUGAAUAUGGGUACAAGUAUUGGUCAUUACCUUGUGAUUUGCCUGAGGUAACCUGAGCUGAAAUGGGUAAAAAAAAAAAAAGAUAUAUAUUUUGCUGUCAUAGUUCAUAGUGCGGCCCGUUCAUGCCCUCAGCCUUGUAAGUAAAGAAAUUGGUUCACUUUGGGGGCCGUGAGCUGAAAAGGUUGAGAGCCACUGAACUGUACUCGUUCUGGGCUCGCUGCCGCCAUGGCACGGCUCCAUUUCCUGUCAUAAAAUUUAUGGAGAGUGUUUGCCAGUGGAUAUGAGCAGGGGCACACAUUUCCAAAAGAGCAUCCAAAAGUGAGUGCAUCCAAAAUCUCGGAGGAGCACAGUGUUACACACACACAUCCACCAUGAAAACUAAUGGAGGAGUGAAGUUAUUGUUAUUUUGACACAACCCAGUGACCAGAAUGAUGUUGGCAUUGUACGUUACUGCAAACCAUGGAUAUGUCACAUUUGUUAAUUAUAGAGAGAAUACGCUAAAUUUUACAUUUCAUCAAUGCUGUGGUUAAUGUGUGGUUAUGUUAAGACACGAAAACCGCUUGGAUAUGGUUAGGAUAAAAUAAUGUUUUGUCUUAAAGUACCCAGUUUUGCCAGCACAAUCCGGACUGGAAACACAGCUCUGUUUCUGUAAAAUACAACCACUUUUCAUGGCACUAUCUCAGUUGGAAAAACAGCAACAGGUCAUUAAAAAACUCCAACAUGUGGUGGCUUAAAAGCUGCUAGAAAUAGAGCAAUAACUAGGGUUGUGUACCGUUCAUAAUUGAACUGAUACGGUACCGGUAUCUGGAAUUCGGUACUGGUACCAAACAGUACCUUAUUUCGGUACUUUUUAAAGUCUAAACUUCUCAGUUUCAACAUUUUAUUGAAAACAUUUAGGAACAGUGCUGCAUGUUAACUUGCAGCACAUUUGCACAUUUUUUUUGUCGCCAUUGUUGCUGAGUCUGAGGUGCGAGUCAUGCGCUCUUGCUCCGCCUCCACCUCAGGUACCGAAAUUUGGCACAGAUUCAUUUUAAGUGAAUUGGUACUCUGUACUACCGACGUGAAUUGGUACCAAGUACAAAAGUACUGAGUUUCGGUACCCAACCCUAGCAAUAACCUGCUAAAAAACAAUUUCUUGUGUCACUGGGUCUCAAACAGUUUUCUGCAUAUUGGCAGGGGUCACACCAUUCAUUUCAGCAUGACAAAGUCAGCUCAUAUACUUAAUCACUCUGGAAACACACAAAUGUAAUGUACCCCUGGUUUGCGGAAAUGUACAAUGCCAAUGUGUUUUGUUUUUGAUGGUGCCAACUCGCAUGGAUGGAACUAAACAUUAAAAAAACAAGUCUGUAACAACUGCACAAUCAUGAUUAUCACAAAAGAAAAUCAAUUACAUACCACGCACCUGGCUCUCAGGUGAUGUUACCGGCCAAACACGGGCUGCAUCACUGGGGAAGCGAGAGAAGAGGGGCGAUGGGUUAAAAGGUAAAUUAAAGGUAGAGGCACACCUGUGGCAUUCACUGGCUGUCAGCUGCAUCUCAGCCUCAGACAGGUUGACACGUGUGACUGAAUGUGCCCUCCUAUUGAACAGAAUAGCCUCUCUGCCUCGCUCCACUUUCCUGGGUGAGCAUUCCUGAAAACACUCUGGUGACCACAUAAAUGUAUCUGAUCAAAGCAGUCACCUUCACUGACAGCAGGACUGAAGUGAACAACACCCACAUCUUUUUAAAGUCUCACUCUUUCUUACCUAUUGUACAUUUAUUAGUUUGGAACUGAGUGAAGGAGCCAGACCAAGCUGCUAAGAUCUUUAUGGUGCAAACUGAAAACUGUAUCACAAAAAUCACUUAGUUUUUCCUAAUUUAUAGGUGUUGUGGCAAUUUUACAUCCAGUUUGGUGGAAAAUCCAAGGUACCAAGAUGAAUCUAAGAGGCUGUGAGAUGAUUAACAAAAUAUUUGCUACACAAAUUUAGUUUUCUUUUUUAUAAUUCACCAUCAUCUUUAACUUCUUCCUUGUGUAAUAGUGUGAAAAUAAAAAAUAAAAAUAAAAAAAUAAGAGAGGUAACAGAAUAACUGUAUGGCUGAAAGGUCUACAGGUUGUGAACCAGCCAUUAACAUGUGGAGAUCUCUGUCAAUGGCAGCUAAAAUGACACACCAACCAAAGAUCAAGCGAUACAAUGGUACAGACCUGAUGGCUGCCAAACAAAAGGUGUGAAAGUUUUGCUUUGAAAAUAGACCUAAAUUGCUGUUGGGAAAUGACUGUUAAACAAAAUGUUGAUUAAAAUAUGGUAUUUUUUAAAUGGUGAUGGAUGAUGUAAGACCUAAGAUGACAAAAACAAGAUGCACCCUGGAUUUUUAAUAUUUAAGACAUACCUUGCUGAACUGAGGUGACUUCAACUUACUGCUGCUAAAGACUACUAUAAAAGUAAAUACAUAUGUGUGCCAGAAAUGUAUUUCAAUUUUCGUGCCAACAGAUGCUUAGCCUCUUGGCACAGAUGUUGGAUGUCCUAAUCAUAUGCUGUUUUUGACCAUGAUGCAGUCCUGUUUCAGAACAUUUAAUCACCUUUUUUUAUAGAGCAGUUGUACCAAAGGGGAUGUUCUUUGCUGGGAUUAUACACACAGCAUUGAUCCUGCAGGACUUUGUACUGUCAGCAGCCUCAAAGUA